CAUUUUCGGUGCUCGGUUGGUUGUUCCACAGCAACAGAGAACAACACCUGACAAAGUUGCAUGUCGCAGUUAAGGUGCAUCAGUAAUCUAAUCAUGGAGAUGAAACAGUACCAAGGUUUCCUCGAUGGGUCUAACAGCGAGAACGCGUGGGAUGGAACGCCUGGUGCUGUAGAAUAUACUUGCUCCAUGGAUGAGGAAAAUGGGACCAGCAGCGACAUACUGAUGGACAUUGUGAAAAUCAGCUGUGCUCCAAAUGUGUCGUCAGGCUAUAAGGAAAGCACUGGGGGAAAUGUGAAUCAACCACUGCUUGGUCUCAGCCCGGAUCAGCAAUCCAUUGUUUUGCCACUGUUAAACAACUCUGUCACUGCUGGUAAGUUAGAGAUGGACUCCAAAGAACUUUCAAAAACUGUAGCGGAGUCCAUGGGCUUGUAUAUGAAUGCAGCUAGAGAACUGGACUAUGGCUUUGGUCCUCAGAGCUCACAGGGAGGUGGGCAUGGUAGCUCAAGAAAGCGAUUCCACAGCUUUGCACAAAACUUAGAAGACAACCAAGGGAGUUCAAAGAGUAAACCAUUAGAUUUAUCUUCCACAUGUUACACACCAGUGUCCCACCCUGCUGGCAUACCUAUAAUGGAUUGCUCCUCUGGUGUUACUGAAGGAUCUGAUGCUUUGGUGUCUUCCCUCAGUGGUACACAAAACUUCAACAGUUCUCUCUCCAGUCCUGCAAGUAGCAAUUUAGUUUCUUCAACCACUAGUUUGACUGACUUUGGAAAUGCUGGCUUAUCUUUGAAUAGCCCCAUACAACAAGCUCCUGGAACAGCCAGUGCUGCCCUUGUCCAUCGUCCAAGGAUGUCAGGAGCUUGCAGCCCCACUAGUACAAGGGAUGUGGGAUCCCCGCUUGCCAGUCCUCCCAGUGUGAUGAGAUCUCCUAUUUCUAGUCCCCAAAGCAUGAGCAGUGUGAGAUCUCCACCUUCAUGCAGUGCUAGCGUGAGGUCUUCUGUGUCAAGCCCAACUGGCCAAAACAGCAACAUGCAAGCUUCAGUCUCCAGUCCAGGAACUGUGAAUACCAUGGCUGAGUGUGGUCCUCUGAGCUCUGCAGGGUUUCCUGUUCCACGGUCUGGGAGUGGACUGGGCCUGGUGCAGGGUGGUAUUUGCAGUCCUGAUGGGACAGAACAAGAGUUCAAAACAUUUGAAUUCCCUAAAGUGGAAAAGCUGGAUGGAGAGUCAUACAGUAUUGGCUUGGAUCAGUUGGGAAUGGUGAAGUAUAUAAAAAAUGAGCGAAACACGGACUCGAGUACCAUGUGUCUGAGCACCAGCAAACUAAACAGGCCUGGCUCACCUUUUUCCAUGCAAAUAAAAAGCGAACCAAACAAAGCCAUAGCCUGCGUGAAUCCUCACUACAGUCGCCAGCAGUACUCUUUAAAUCCCAUUCCUCCUUCAGAGACCACCUAUUUGUCCUUGAGGAACAACACUGAUGAGUACAGCCUGUUUGGAAUAUUGGGACCACCUGCUUCUUCACUGAAUAGCAACUGCCAGCAAGAAGCCUUCCCGGAUGGUGGGUUGCCUGAGAGGAUUAAACAGGAGUCAGAGGAUGGCUACAGCCAGGAGAAUAAUGGCUUGCCGACUUCGGCCAUUGUUGGCGUUAAUUCUGGUGGACAUUCAUUUCAUUACGAAAUUGGAGCACGAGGAACAAUGUCGUUUACCCAGUGUGGUGAGAGAGACCAGACAGACUCUUUGCCGAGUCUGAUUUCUCCUGCUACCACAUUGAUGGAGACAUGGAAGUCUCAUUCAGCCCUGGGCCAAAGCCGUAGAGAUGUUUACCCAGGUCAGCGAUGUAUCGCAGAAGUGUCAAGCUCACUGCGAACACAGUCAUCUGGCACAUCUGCGACCAAAGUGUGCCUGGUGUGCGGGGACGAGGCGUCCGGCUGUCACUACGGGGUCAUCACCUGCGGCAGCUGUAAGGUCUUCUUCAAGCGAGCCAUUGAGGGCCAACACAACUACCUGUGUGCUGGACGCAAUGACUGCAUCAUUGACAAGAUCCGCAGGAAGAACUGCCCAGCAUGCCGAGUGCGCAAGUGUCUGCAGGCUGGCAUGAACCUGGGAGCACGGAAGUCUAAGAAAUUAGGCAAGCUGAAAGGUGUGGCUGAGCCUCCUCUGCCGAGCCCUAAGGAGGGCAACACGUGCCUGGACUCAGAGAAGGAGCUGUCUGUGAGCACCGCCCUGGUGGCCCAUGUGCCGGGGAUGAUGCCCUACCUGUCACCCUCCAUGUGCAGUGUGCUUGAGCUCAUUGAGCCGGAGGUUGUGUAUGCGGGCUAUGACAACACCCAGCCAGACACAACUGACCACCUGCUUUCAAGUCUCAACCAGCUUGCCGGGAAGCAGAUGAUCAGGGUCGUCAAGUGGGCCAAAGUACUACCAGGAUUCCGGAACUUGCCAAUUGAGGACCAAAUCACCCUUAUUCAGUACUCCUGGAUGUGCCUCUCCUCGUUCGCUCUGAGCUGGAGGUCCUACAAACACACCAAUGGCCAGAUGCUGUAUUUCGCACCAGACCUUGUCUUCAACGAGGCGCGCAUGCAGCAGUCGGCCAUGUAUGACCUGUGUGUUGGCAUGCGCCAGGUGAGCCAGGAGUUUGUGCGACUACAGCUCACCCACGAGGAGUUUCUGGUCAUGAAGGUCCUGCUGUUGCUCAGCACAGUGCCCAAGGAUGGUCUGCGGAACCAGGCAGCUUUUGAUGAGAUGAGAGCAAACUACAUCAAGGAGCUGCGGCGAUGCAUCGCCAAGGUCACCAGCAAUUCCGGUCACACCUGGUCCAGGUUCUACCAACUCACCAAACUACUGGAUGCCAUGCAUGAUCUGGUAGGGAACCUUCUCGACUUCUGCUUCUACACGUUCCGGGAGUCGCAGGCGCUCAAGGUGGAGUUCCCCGAGAUGCUGGUGGAGAUCAUCAGCGAUCAGAUACCAAAGGUGGAGUCAGGCCUGACCCACACACUGUACUUUCACAAGAAGUGACGUAGAUGCAA